AUCUAGCAGCACUCUUUAACAACUCAUUUGCGCACUUAACUACCAUCUUCCCUCUUUCUUCCUAAUUCCAGAAGAUUGUUGAAGACGACAGACAUUCCCGCCAUUUUCUUACACGAACUAUUCUCUCUCCUCCACACUCUCUCUCUCACUUCAACUCACAGAAAUCGCAAAUUCGAACAACAAUGGAAGCUGACAGAAAACCAUCUUUAAGACCGAAGAGAAAACCCCUUUCUGAUUGCACCAACAUCAUCCCAACCACGCGCAAAAACCCUCCAUUAUCAUCGUCUUCCAAAAUCCCCAUAUCACAAACCCUAAUUAAACAUGCGAAACCCUCUAAUUUCAUCAACAACAACCUUAAUCCUCAAAUUAGUAGCUCUCCGAAAUCGUAUACUAGUACUGGGUCCAAUAAUUCGCCUAAUUCCUUUACUAUUCCUUCGAUUCCACGCUCUCCUGAUCCUCCAGCUCCUCCUACUCCUCUUUCCGACGCUGGUAAUCCGAGUCAAAGACAUGAUGGAGCAACGAGGAAGGAUAAGGGAAAGAUGGUUGCAGAUACUCCUAUUAUCCAGUUAUCUGCAUCUUUGACAUCCAAACCCCUGCAAAUAUCAUCAUCUACUGAUCCUGGUCAUUGUUCUCGUUCUGAUAUUCAAGUUAUUCACAGUCAAAAUCUGCAAACACAAACAGUGAAAGAUACGGAAAAGAUAACAUCCGAUGCUUCUUGGGUAUCAAAGUACCUACAUAUGUCACCAUCUGUCUCCUCUGGUUCUUUCUCCGAGGCACCAGCAAUUAAUAGUCAAAAACUGCAUGAAGAAAAGAGGAAGGACAAGGGGAAAACGGUCUUAGAGACUCCUGACAUUGAGGCAUCUGAACCCUCAACUCCUCAUGCUCCCCUUGUAUCACCUACUGCUUCUGGUAAUCCGAGUCAAAGACAUGAUGGAGCAACGAGGAAGGAUAAGGGAAAGAUGGUUGCAGAUACUCCUAUUAUCCAGUUAUAUGCAUCUUUGACAUCCAAACCCCUGCAAAUAUCAUCAUCUACUGAUCCUGGUCAUUGUUCUCGUUCUGAUAUUCAAGUUAUUCACAGUCAAAAUCUGCAAACACAAACAGUGAAAGAUACGGAAAAGAUAACAUCCGAUGCUUCUUGGGUAUCAAAGUACCUACAUAUGUCACCAUCUGUCUCCUCUGGUUCUUUCUCCGAGGCACCAGCAAUUAAUAGUCAAAAACUGCAUGAAGAAAAGAGGAAGGACAAGGGGAAAACGGUCUUAGAGACUCCUGACAUUGAGGCAUUUGAACCCUCAACUCCUCAUGCUCCCCUUGUAUCACCUACUGCUUCUGGUACUCGUGACAGACCUGUGACUGUCUAUAAUCAAAGAAGGGCCCGGCAGGGAAAUAAGCAUGCAGCUGGGAAUAUGAAUGUGCUGUUCAGCUGUCCUCCUCCUGACCAGAGAAUAAAGAGAAAAGGGUCUGUUCUUGGUUAUGAUCGGGGUAAGAACAAAUCUGGAUCGCAUACAGACCCUAUCCCAGUGCAUAAGAAGAAACGGUCUCGUGACAAGUAUGGUGGUGGUGCGAUGCAUGUUAUGCCGAAAGAAGAGGUAGAAAAGCUUAGAGCAUAUUAUGCUGACAUUGAUUCGUUUGAGCUGCCAGAGGAGGUUGCGUCAGAGAGUGAGGUAGAGUAAAAGCACGUUUCUGAAAGCAAGCACUCCAGUUUUUGUAUAGCUGCUGGUAUACGUAACUGAAACUGCGUGAUAGACUCAAACAUAGACUAGUGUAGAGUGAAUGUCCUAUAGUGCUAAUGUUAAGUAGUAUAUUGAUGUAUACGUCAACCUUAGAAGAAGUCACGAUGCAAAGUGGUUCAGGCUGUAAAUUGAGUAGAUUGAAACUGCUACGCAAGUGUGGCAAAUUUGAGAAUUAUAAGUGUUCA